CCCAGUGGUUGCCUGCCGUCUCUAAGCAGUAAUCAUGGUUAAAAUCGUGGAAACUUUGGAAGAGUUUAAGAAAAUCCUGUCUGAAGCAGGAAGCAAACUGGUGGUGGUGGACUUCAUAGCUUCGUGGUGCAGUCCCUGCCAAACGAUAGCUCCAUUAUUUGAAAAACUGGCAGAGGAUUCUGCAAACAAAGAUGUGAUUUUCUUCAAGGUGGAUGUGGAUGACGCUAAAGAUGUGAGAAAGCACUGUGGAAUCAGUAGCAUGCCGACAUUCCAUUUCUACAAAAAUGGAAGCAAAGUGCAUGAAUUUUCUGGUGCUGACGAGAGUCAACUGAGGGAAAAAAUCCAAGAGCUGAGGCAGUAGUAGUCCUGCUGAUCGAUCCAAACACGACACAAACACACUGCAUUGUUUCCUUCAGUGUUUAUCGCUUCCAACAAUAGUGAAAAAAAUGUUAAAAAUGCAAACAAUAAAGACCAAAGGAACUGACCGAACCGGGCGGACUUCAAACGUGGCGACAAACAUCUUCAGUGCAGGCUGAGGGUCGUGACCUCAUGACAACAACAAAACCACAAAAAGCAAAGAGGAAACUCCCCAUCGCUUGAGAUCGCUUCUGCGCAUGUCUAUCUGUGUCCAGGUCGACUUGACACAGAUGAACAUGCGCAGAAGAGAACAAAGGCCGAGCAAAUACAUGCAAGGAACCACAGCAACGCCGGCACCGCUGAGCUGCAUAUUCAGGACCGCUGCGCUUAAAGAUCAAAGUAUGUCAGACAAAGGUUUCCUGCAGAGGGGGCCUGUAAUUAGUCCGGGACUCAGGACACAGUCGCAGCGUUUGAUGCAGCUUCACUGAAACCGAUUAAAGCAAACUGACAGUGAGACCGAUAAGGCAAGAUAGAUUUUCAGUUGUACUCAGCUAUUAUCAACAUUAGAGAGAAAAACUAACAACUAGACUGCUCAAAGUGUGCCUCUCUUAUGAAGUAAAUGUAGCCGUUAAAUUUCAGUGAUAAAGAUGAUUCUAAAAGUUUCAAAUUAUUAAACAGAAAGAAAUUACAUAUCUUAAAACCCUGUGAUAACUGUCCCACUUAGCGUCACAUUUACCUGUAAGUUAUUUUCACAGCAAAUAAAGAAAUCAGCAGCUGACCAUGUCAAUGCUCAGCAGAUAUUGCCAAUCCAGUA